UCCGCCCCCCGGGCGGUGCCCGGUGCCGACCCGCCCCGACGGCGAGCGGCGGGCGCGGGGAGCCGGGCGGCGGCAGAGCUGCGGGACGCGCCAUGCUGCCCGCUGCCCUCCGCCGAUGGCUCCGCCGACCCAAGCGCUCCGACCCACGCCUGCUCUCCCAGUUCUUCUUUGCCGACGAGAGGGUGACACGCGUGGUGGCCGAGAUCAACGGGCUGGAUGCCGAGCUGGAUCCCCAGCAGUACCUGGUGCUCCUCAACCAGCUCCACCUUAGCCAGGCUCACCUGCUGGCCGUCCUGGAGCGGAUCAUGGAGGAGUGCAUCCCCACGCAGCGGCACAGCCGUGACUACCUGGUCAAGUUCCCUGAGGAGCUCUUGGUGGACAACUUGGGGAACCACAUGCUGUUUGCUGCCGAGUGUCUCCUGGCUGGGACCUUCCUGGAUAUGGAGGAGUCAGACGGGGCACAGCUGCGGCCCCAGGCCAGGAAUCUGCUGUGCAGCCUGGAGCUGGUCCGGACAGUGCUGCGGGAGCAAAGCCUGAGCCAGCCCAACUCCUAUCCAGAGCCUGUCCGGGCUGUGCUCAUCCAAUUCGACCGGCUAUUUGCAGAGUUUGAGCUGAGCUACGUGUCCUCACUGGUAGCGGUGAAGUCUCCUGAUGAGAUAUACAGGCAGCAGGAGAUCAUCGUGCUCUUCUGUGAGACAGUGGAGAGAUCCACUGUAAAGGUGUCUGUGUGUCCCAGAGCCCUGCACCUGGGCUACCUGACCCAGGAGAUGAUUGAUGGCUAUGAACCACUGCUGAUGUUCACCAUCCCUCGCCUGGCCAUUAUCAGUGGUCUCCUCAUCUACCCCGAGGGACCCCUCAGCCUGGAGCGGAGUCCUGAGGAGAUGUCCCGGGUCUUCAGCCCCUUCUACAACCUCCUGAAGAAGAUCAGGGACCUGUUGCGGGUGCUGUCAGCAGAGGAGCUCUGCCUGCUGGAGAGGAGCCUGUGCACAGCCGAACAGGAGGACCCCUGCAGUCCAGAGGCCCCCCCAGCCUGGGGGGCAGCUGUGCCCAGUGUGGACCCUCCUGCUUCCUUCAGUCUUCUGGAGGUCCCUAAUGCCACUCAACCACUCCCCAGCUGCAUGACACGACUGGGACCUCCCAGUGCAGUGGAUGACCCAGGCACCGACUGGCAGCAGGGGUGUGUGGUGGACAGGGGACAGGGCCAAGAUGGCAAAUCCCUGUCCACUGGGACAGGGAUUUCUCAUACCAUCCCUGGUGUAAUGGUCACCUCCCCGCUGCGCAGUCCUCAGCCCCUUGGGAGUGGCCCAGGGUUGGGGGUCAGUGCCACCCUAAGUGCCCGCUGCUCGGAGCUGCGCUCCCGCUACAGCAGUACCAAGGACAUGCUGCACACCCUCUUCGUCUGCAUUUCGGGGGUAGCUGAUCAGCUCCAGACCAACUUUGCCAGUGACAUGCGAAGCAUCUUGAAAACAGUCUUCAAGAUCGUGUGCUCACAGGCGGAGCCCUCGGAGGAGCAGAGUUACAGCAAGGAGAAAGAUGGUGACUCCUGUGUGACAGAUGCUCCUCGCGUGGCUGAUUGCCCGCUGUGCUCCAGCCCUGCAGAUGCUGCCAGGCUCCGGAGGGCAGCAGGUGCCCGCCCCUUGCCUGAGUGGGUGCCGGACAGCACAUGCAGCCAGUGCUCUGCCUGCCGCUCGCCCUUCACCCUGCUGCGCCGCCGGCACCACUGCCGCAGCUGUGGGAAGAUCUUCUGUGCCCGCUGCUCACCGAAUACCGCAGUGCUGCCCUACUAUGGCCAGAGCAAACCCGUACGUGUCUGCACCCACUGCUACAGCACACACCUCCCGCCCGCAUCCCGCUGUGCCCGGAGCCAGUGAGAGCCCCUCUGCCCGAUCUGCAUCACAGGAGGCAGCACAGCUGGGUGCCCAGGGCCGCUUCGGGGCUGCCGGGCAGCACCUCGGUCCUGUGACUCUCCUCAGAGCUCGGUGGGCAUGGCGGCAGGACCCCCCCACCUGGCGUUAGGCUUCCCCCCGCUGCACAGGGGCAGGACCCCACACACGGUGGCAGCCCCCAUGCGGAGUGAUGGUGGGCGCAGGACCGCCUCUCCUGGUGCACCGUGGCCUGCUCUGCUUUGGGUGAGCUGCCUGCUGCUGCCGUGCACCUGCCCCCCGACUGCAAAUGUGCUUCGUGGUGGUUUUUUUUCAGGUGAACUUUGGCUGCUGUUGGGCCCGGGGCAGAGUCUCCCCCCGGGGCCUGGCCUGAGAAGGUGCAAACAGCCCUCACAUGACAGCGGGCGCCCCGGGGCCGCCCGUGCCGUGCCGUGCCCGGGAGCUGGGGCCCGGCGCUCCCCUUCCCUCCCUAUCUCCUCCACCCAAUGGAUUUUAAUAAAGAGAUAAACCCGUC